AUGCCACAUUACGGGACGACGGGCACGUACCGGAUCGUCAGGGCCGCGCCUGUCGAGAACGCGCUCGGGCUUGAGAACCCGGCAUCGGCACCUCCCCCCACGCCCAUCACCGCGGCGACCAGUCCCGCCAUACCUAGCUCGCCUGCCGUGUGGAUGAACAUUGUCUCCAGGUUCUAUUCGGGCCCGGCCAAUGUCUGCGUCCAUGAAGGUGCCAGCCGUCCUGGGACGGCCAACAUGAGCCCCGCGUCCGCUUACAGCGGCUACGACGCCUCCGUCUCCGACAUGACUGAGGACGCCAACGACGACGACGAUGAGGAACGAACCCUCUGUGGCGACGUCCAAAAGAGCGGGGGAGACUCUCCCGACGCAGGCUGCUUGCCGUGGUUUACGUCUGGGGGCGAUAGAUACCAGCUCACCUCAGCGACGACCGCCGGCCGGCCCAAACGAAGCUGCGUCUACUGCGCCUUGGUCUUCGCCACGACCGCGCUGCGUUUCCCCGUUGACAUAAUCCGCCGUAUCGUCUUGGAAAAUGGUAACGGCAACGAGACGGACGCGACGCCCCCUCCGCGACGCGAUAAUCCAAAGCUACGCACCCGACGCAACCGCAGCCACAGCCACCUUCGGCGAGACAGGUUUCCACCCGGGCCGUCGCCUCUAUCUUUUCCUCCUCUGCUAGCGAGAUCCCAGACAUCGACGUAG